UUUUUUUGUUUCCUCGUAUGACAGUUACAUUCCUAAGCUCCGCCUAAUUGCAUGGAUGUUGUAAUUGGGAAAUGUAUCAGAUACUAGACAGAAUAUAAAGCCAGAGAGAGUCCUAAUGGGAACAACAGCAAGGCAGUAGGUGCUUGUCUACAACAACAUGAUCUGGAUCAUUAGCUUUUUGGCUUUUGUGGCUUCCACUCUGGGUUGUGGUGUGCGUCAGCCAUUAGGUUGGGCUGCUAAAGAAUCAACCACUAAAAAACCUAUUGAUGGAGACAUUCAUGAAGGUAUAAUGCAGGGAGUGGAUGCUCUGCGUUGGCCCUGGCAGGUUUCUAUCAAGACAUCCAGUGGCGAGCAUUUAUGUGGAGGCUCUCUGAUCAACAAAUUUUGGGUCCUCACUGCUGCCCACUGUCAAAUUCAGGCUAGAAGUCACUAUGUAGUCCUAGGACAACAUGACCGUAGCUCCAAUGAUGGAACAGUUCAGGUCAAAGAAAUUGCAAAGGUCAUCACCCAUCCUGACAACAACAUACAGACCUUAUUUAACAAUGAUGUUACUCUGCUUAAAUUAUCCAGUCCAGCACAAAUGACUUCCCUUGUAUCUCCCGUAUGUUUGGCAAGUUCUUCUUCAAAAAUUGUCCCCGGAACUCUUUGUGUCACAACUGGCUGGGGCAGAACUAAAACUGAACUGAGCGCUCGUAUCCUGCAGGAAGCCACCAUACCAAUAGUGAGUCAGUCUCAAUGUAAGCAGAUUUUUGGGGCGAGCAAAAUCACCAACAGCAUGAUCUGUGCUGGAGGCUCUGGAUCCUCAUCUUGCCAGGGUGAUUCUGGUGGCCCUCUGAUGUGUGAGAGCUCAGGUGUUUGGUAUCAAGUGGGCAUCGUUUCCUGGGGCAACAGAGACUGCCGUGUGGAUUUUCCAUUAGUCUAUGCCCGCGUCUCUUACUUUCGAAAAUGGAUUGAUGAAAUUAUUAGAUCAAACUAGAGCACUAGCAAGUAUUUCAGUGAUGAAACCAUGUCUUCAUAACCUACUGUAUUUUUGACAUGCUACUAAAUUGAAAACUGAAAGUACCACAUGACAUAAUGCUAAAGAAAUUAUUAAAGGCAAUUUAUAUAACA